GCUUUAGUGUUCAUAUAUAUACCACAGUGCUUUUGCAUUAGUACAAUUUAUGUCAUUCUCUGCUUGUUCAGUUUUGAAGCAAAGUUUUCACUAUGGAUGAUGAUUUUCCUAAGAAGGAAACCUUCAUCCCAAAGCAGUUGCCAUAUUUUCCGGGAAUGGCAAGUAGUACUGGAUCAAACUUUCUCGGUGAUCCGGCCGGUUGGGAAAUCGGUGGAUUAAAAUCAUCACUGUCCCCAGAGUCUAGCACUUCUUCUUCAGCAGAUGAGGUUUCUGGUAACUCCACUUUGAUAAACAACACAUAUCCAUUUGUACCUGUGAAUUUCCUUGAAACAUUUCCUAAAGCUGACCAUGUUUCUGAUCAACCACCUACUUCUCCAGCUUCCUUGUCUUCAAAGCCAUCAAAACUCCCAAAUUUAACUCUAUUUUUGCAGGAACCAACAACCCUUUUAGAUCCAUCAUCAACCAAAAAGUGUGAUGACUCCAUGUUGUCAUCUUUAACCCCUUCAUUUCCUAUACCUCACCUUGAGCAUUGUCAAACAGGCUUUGAUCAAUGGCUCAAAAUCACUCAAACUCUAGCAAACAAUCCAUCGAAAGGGUUCAAUGAUUACUGGCUAAGCACGACGAAAACACAGCCAAUGAAGUGCAGCGGAAGAUCAAGAUUUCAGAAUCAACAACAGAAGCAGCCAUCAGCACCAAUCCCAUCAGCACAAGGAAAGCUAUAUAGAGGAGUUAGGCAAAGGCAUUGGGGAAAAUGGGUGGCUGAGAUUAGAUUACCAAGAAACAGAACAAGAGUUUGGUUGGGGACUUUCGACACAGCUGAGGAGGCUGCAAGCGCUUACGACACUGCCGCUUACAUGCUCCGCGGCGAGUAUGCUCAUUUGAAUUUUCCAGAUUCAAAACAUCAACUCAAGGCCAAUGCUUUGAAUGGGAGUACAAGCACUACAGCUGCCCUUCUUGAAGCAAAGAUACAACUUGCAAUAUCACAACAGGCAAAUAAGAAGAGGAAUACCAUGGAGUCAUCCUCUUCAUCAUCACCACCCUCACCAAAAAAGAAGAAGCAAUCAUCAGCUGAUGAUCGUGAUCAGAAGAACUCAAAUCUCAUCAUCAAUAGUAAUUUGAUCAGCCAAAACCCAAGUACAAGAAAAGAGUGGCAGUAUGGAUCUGAUCAGGUGAUAUUUGAAAGCAAGAAAAGCCAGGAUGUAAUAUCAUCAUCAGAUAUGGAUGCUGUUCAGCUAAGUAGAAUGCCCUCUUUAGACAUGGACAUGAUAUGGGAUGCUCUUCUGGUCUCUGAUUAA